GAGUAACGACGACGGCAUAUCAUGAUAUACGGCCGUGCGUCGAGGAGAACCUUGUUGCAGUUUCACUUGAUUUAAUCCAGACACAAAAGGAGCCAAAAAUUAGGUGUUCACUGGCUGGCAAGAUAGGCUUGCAUAAAUAGGAUUUGUUGGUGGUGUCCGUAAAGCAGAAAAAAACGAACGAAUACUUUUUCGUUGCCCGUUCUUUUGCCCGAAACGCUACACAGACUGGGAGCUACCUCAGGAGACAUCACAGAGAAGGGAGGUCUCCUUUACUACGUUUGGCUUAACUUACUGCUCAGUCCGGUCGGAGAGCGUUCCAUUACAGUUGUUUUUACAGCUGCUAACUUAAUUGCUGUAGCGAACAGACGAAUUUGUGCUAACUGCGACUCGCGCGCCCCCAACCUGUCAAAAUUGUCGCCUGACUAUCGAAUCUUGCUAUCAUCGUUACCUUGAAUUGGUCCCAACUGGUGCGUUCUCUCCUUAAUCAGAAGUUUACUUGUGGAUCACAGAGUGCUACGAUGUCGCGUGUUUCUUGUAAAAUUUUGUGAAUCUCCUUUUCACAACGUACCGGUUAAGCUGCCUUAUCUCUCAUCAACUGUAGAUCGUAUUUACUAGGCGGAUCCACCAUACACACCGGACCACGAAAAUGAAGUUUUCCGACUUAUUCCGUCUCAAUCAAGCGCUAACUACGGGCAUGGUCCCAUUGAGGGGUGAGGCCCUUCUAGAAGAUGGCGGUUUUCUUUGCAAACCUGCGUCAUCCGCACCAUCGUCUGGCGGACGAUUGCAGUGCACCAUAGAGACGCCGUAUCUCGUGGAAAACAGAAUCAUUAUGUAUCGGAUUGCUGUUGAGUCGUAUGGCCAAACGUGGUACGUUCAUCGUCGCUUCCAGGAAUUUAUGGCACUCAGUGAUACACUCAAAAAACUUUACCCGAAGGACCUGGUACCAAAGCUACCUUCCAAGACACUCUUCAACAAUCGUUCGGAGGAAUUUGUAUCGAAACGAUCUAAAGGCCUACAGCAGUUCUUGAACGCACUCCUUGAAUGUGAGAUUCUGCGCGGCGAUAAACAUGUGGCUGGAUUUCUUCAGACAGAACUGACUGACGAACGUCUCCUCGAGAGCCGACCGGACAACAAUGCUUCCAGGCAAUCGGAAAAACUAAACGAUACCGCGCCUGGAUCGUCGUUCACCUCUUCUGAGGAAGAUCGCGAGUCACCCACCUCUUCGGGCGAGGUCGUAAAUCUGGGCAGGACUGAGAAGCAACAUGUGAAGCCAAAGGACUUUGACUUCAUGAAGGUAAUCGGCCGUGGGUCAUACGGAAAAGUGAUGUUGGCCAAACAUCGCACCACCGAAAAGCACUAUGCUGUCAAAGUUCUAAACAAGAAACACAUCCUUCGACGCAACGAAAGCAGGCACAUUAUGCAGGAACGGGACAUCCUGGUAAAAGUUUUGCACCACCCGUUCUUGGUUGGCCUCAAUUACUCUUUCCAGACGUCGGACAAACUCUAUUUUGUACUUGACUUUGUCAAUGGUGGCGAACUGUUUUUUCACCUGCAGAAGAGUGGGAACUUUAACGAGCCUCGAGCCAAGUUCUAUGCAGCGGAGAUAACCUGUGCCCUUGCCUACUUACACUCACAGGGCAUCAUAUACAGAGAUCUAAAGCCAGAAAAUAUUCUUCUGGACAAUACGGGUCAUAUUGUCCUGACAGAUUUCGGUCUUUGCAAAGAGGGUCUUAAGGAAUCGGAAACGACAUCUACUUUCUGUGGAACGCCAGAGUACUUGGCACCGGAGGUAAUUCGUAAGGAACAGUACGACAAGACCGUCGACUGGUGGUGCCUUGGAUCGGUGAUCUACGAAAUGCUCACUGGACUGCCUCCUUUCUAUAGCCGAAACAAUAAGCAACUUUAUGACAACAUACUGCAUCAACCGCUCACCUUCAAGCACAAUGUGUCGUCAACGGCGCGCAGCCUUUUGACUGGUCUCCUGGAAAAGGACAAAAAGAAGCGACUCGGCGCUAAGGAGGACGGUGACGAAGUGAAAGCGCAUGCAUUCUUCAAUGACAUCAACUGGACUGAGCUUGAGAGACGUCGUUUGAAACCGCCUUUUAUUCCUACAGUGAGUGGUAAAGCUGAUUUAAACAACAUCGACCCCGAGUUUACCAAAGAGCCAGUCCCGCAAUCCGUAGCUCGAUCGAAUGGGUCUGUCUCAUUGUCAGCUUCGAUGGUGGACAACGAAUUCAAAGGGUUCUCCUAUGCACCCCAGUCGAUCCGAAACGAUCCCUAUUAAAUUACUGCGCGUACCUUAAAUAUUGGAAAGGCCCCUCUGCCGGUCGCUAAGCCUUUUACCAUGGACAGACAAACAGGCUUCGAAGCUUAUUGAACUUACGAAAUUUCGAAUCUUUAUAUAUUUGUAUUUAUAGUUAUAGUUGACAAUGAAUGAAACGGUGCUAUGUUUGGCAAAACAGUAUUUGUACAAAGGAGAUGUAAGUGCGGGCCGAUCAGAUCAGUCAGUGUGUUGCAUGUAUUCGUACCUAAUGCCUUCGAUAGGCUGCGUAGUAGCAAAGAACGCGUUUUGGCUCAAGUGGACUCACUUUUCGAGCAGCUUUCCGAUUAAAUAAUCAUUGGCAUUUGGAACUACCGCUUGAAUUUUAUCACACGCUGAAUGAAACAGACGCGCACACAUAACACCCAUAGACAAUACAAAUGUGAUGCAUUUUAGGACACGAAUGCAAUCAAGCUUUGGCCCUGAUUCUUCACCGCGUUAUUCGUAUCUUCGGCAUAAUAAUUUAUAGUACGUUGUAACUGCAUUGAUUGAGUGUAAUGACAUUUAGUUUGCUAUUAUAUGAAGCUUAGCGAUCUGGCCUUCGUUUCUUUGUUCUUCGUUCGUCUGACGUUUCUUUUUUCUAACGUAUUUAUAUACUACUAUAGAACUACAAGUUAUUUAGACAAGCGGUUGACUAUGUUCGUAGAUAUAGUCAAACUCACCGAAUAUUGCAUCCGUGUACACCCGAUGCAAACUGUUCCUGUGAUGACAACAACGAUGUAAAUAAAUGUUGAUGUAUACAGCAUUCAAAUUGUCUAGAAACAAUAAAUCAACUGUGGUCUGUUACUGGGAUGUUUUUGCAUUUACAAGACAAAUGAGGUACUCUCGUUAGUGCUGACACGUAAUAGACAUACAAGCACAAUGUACCGUAAUGGUCGCGUUGUUGAUGCCGAUGAUGGCACAUGCUGCUGAUAUUGGUUUGUCAGAGGCGUUCUUUACGGAUACGAGAACUAGUUUGUUCGUUUUACAUAAAAUACGAAUCCUCGGUAGUGCUUCUUCGGGGUACGCGAGCUUUGCUUUAGCAUUACUCCUGCUUUUUUGCGCUUCGCCAAAAUAACACUAUUCGAUUUUAUGCAACGUAAAGCAAACGGUGAAGAUAAGUCAUUGGAGUACGCCAGGAAAUGGCUGUAGGAAAUACACCACAAUUUUUUUUUAACGAAACAGUUGAAUGCCACGUGACAUUAUACUAACUUCGACAAUUACGCUCUAUCAUCUAAAAACAAUAAGCUUGCUCGUACCCAUUAUGAAAAAUCGUCCUAUCAACUGUUUGCCAACACGUACGAUGAAAAACUAAACGACAGUUAUUAGGUAUACGCAUAGUAUAUUUCUCAUUAUAGCAUAUAGUCUUCUAAAGUUCAUCAAACCGCUGGACGUGUGUUCAGCACUUCACCUAUUGAAUAUACCGUGCUAUCCGUUUUAUAAUAAGAUCAUUCAACGGAGCACUUUUUUUUUCAGUUAUCCACCCUUCUGAUAGCACGGUGGUAAAGAAAUAAUAACCAAACUAAUCUGCAGCCUGAGCAAACCGACCUGUCCAUAUUUGUCGGCCUGCUAUAAAAGCUAUUAUUAGCGUUUCCGCUGUACAACAAGUAUAUGAAUUUUUUUUACUACCGAUGGUCAUGAUCCCCUUUGAUAUGGCAUCUUAAAGCCCUUUAACAGGACAAGUUAACUUGCGUCUUCGUGUUGGGAAACAAACUAAUUAAACAAUAUAACGAGUGGCAAAUGCAUCGUUUCGAAAUACUCGUCUGGCGAAAUGACUCAACGGUAAUAUUUUGUAGAAGAGCGCUAACGAUGGAAGCAGAAAGUCAGGGAACGACUUCGUAAGGCGCUUCUGAAUUCCUCUGAAGCCAGGUGCGCUUCUUGAGAACUAAAUGACAGGGCAGUGGCGGUAUCUGGUACCAUGGAACAGCAGAUAUGUCAAGAAUGUUUGGACACCCUCCUGGUAUCAUCUAACCACCGCCCACUAACAGUCAAUGUGAAAAAAAAUAGGUAAGCUAUUCUUUCGAAACGAAAAAAAGGUGGCCACUGCACUUUCAUUGCACUUAACCCCUGAAACAGGACCCCAAGGAUCGCAUGACGCGAUUUACAAUAGCUAUCCUAUGUGCUGUACGAAAAAUAAAGCGAUCUUAGGGGUUUUUGACGGUGUAAAUAGAAGAAAUAUUUUUGAGAUCUUAAUGAAUAGGAUUGAACGAGAUUUGCCUUACUAUUACUUAACCAGUAAAGUGGUCGUAGCUUCAAAGAACGAAGAGUUACAAAUGCCGGAUAAUAAUAAUAUAGCAAAAAUGGAAAUGUAGUACACAAGUCUGCUUACCACGGCCGCGGGUUGUUCUGAAGGUCUGAACAGGUUUCUGGGUUGGCAAAAUUGCCUUAUUCACCCUGUUGUCCGCAGCUUUGCCCGAUAUGAAACUCACUAACCAGUAAACUAUAGAUAUAUGCUAGACGAAAA